AUGCGACCGCCACGCCUGCUCAUCGUACUCUUCUGCCUUAUCUUUUUCCCGAUCCUCCUCACCUUCUUUUCCGCGCUUACAUCACCCGAUGUAGCUCCUAAUACUCUCGCUGGCCAGAAAACUGGGCUGCGAGCUUUAUUUUCUUUUAACAUACCAUCGUCCCUUUUCCCCCCGUCGGCUAUUAUCAGUCUCACCGAUGACAACUCGACCUUCUUUCUCGCCCGACCAGCGGCAUUUGGCUCCCUACUGCCAACCAAGGGCCUCAGCGGUCAGCUAUGGGUGGGAAGUGGCUUUGGUGAGGGGGGAUUAGCUGGUAGUGUGGAAGGGGAACUGGGCUGCUCCGAUAUUCCCGGCUGGGGUGAGAGCAAAAAUCAUAAGAAACAAGAUAAAACCUCUAGAGCCGCGGAGCAGAGUUCCGGGAUCUCCGGGGGUAGUACAGUGAAUGAUCAAUCAUCAAACCGCCCGCGGUCGUUGUCGCAGAUCGAUACUACACAGAACGAUAGAGAUUCAACUACCCCGCCUUUGACGAACGAUGGCACUGAUGACCAUCUACACCAUCCACUCCCUGAAUCUGGUUCUUCUAACCCCGGGAUGAAUCAGAAAUAUGGAGAUUACGUCCAAAAUAAGCCGCCUGCGCAUGCCGACAUCCAAUCGCUACAGGAAACUGCCGAAAUCCAGGGUAAAGUGGUGCUGUUGAGUCGGGGUGGCUGUGGGUUUUUGGAGAAGGCCAAAUGGGCGCAACGACGAGGAGGGAUUGCUUUGAUUGUCGGCGACGAUACCCGAGGUGGCAACUUGGUCACUAUGUACGCACGAGGCGAUACAUCGAACGUCACGAUCCCGGCCUUGUUCACAUCUCACACUACUGCUCAUCUUCUAUCGUCAUUGGUUCCUGGGCAUGCCGGUGGAACUGCUGGUUUAGGAGAUGUGUUAAAAUCAUCACAAGCGAAUCUGGCAGGACAGGCUGAAGCCGACAAAGAACGGAUGGCAACUACUACCGCAACAACUAUUCCAAGUCCGACUGCCAGCAGCCAUUCGACAAUCAAGGAGAAACCUGCACCCUCUUCUCACUCGGAAGGCGGAUUUUUCCGUGCAAUUGGUGCAUUAUUGGGAUUGUGCGAUAAGAACGGAGGUUCACGGCGUCUAGAAGACAGCCGACGUCCGCCUAGCAGCGGCAACAUUGAUUGGAUCAACCUAGGCUCACGGAAUGAAAAAGAAGCCCCGUCUAGCGCUUGGAGGAGAUCAACAGAUCUCAAUCAUCAUGGUCGGGCCAAGGUAGACGACACACUCGACAAGCACAAGGCCGACAUGUCCACUGAAGGUUUUGAGGAUGAUGACUUUGUCAUCGGGGUUCAGGACUGGAGAGAUCCCGACUUGAUGCCCCCUAAGAGUAGCACACAUCCGACAACUAGCAUCCCUACAACUGGCAAGGAUACCUCCAAGACUGCCAGUGCGGAUAAAGAUGCCUCUUCCUCGCCCAACGGUCUUCAAGGUGGUAGCAUUACACCAGGAAGUGGAGAAUACGAGAGCUUCGAAAAAUCCAGUGCUGGUUCUCAUGACACGCACCGCAAGGGGUCUGAGAAAGAACCCAUCGGAACUCAUGGAAAGUCCGGAUCUUCUUCCACGAAGGGCUGGUUCUCGAGUCACUUUGGAUGGGGAGAUGAUGCUCAGCAAGACCCUCAGCCUUCUUCGUCACCUUCACUCCAGAAUAGUAUUGCAACCAACGAGCAGAAACAAACAAACGCUCCCACAUCAAGCCGUUCCAGCGCGGAGUCUUCCGAACACGAAGGUCUUUGGGUUACAAUGACACCUACCAGCAUGUCCACCAGCCCCUUUUUCGAUACUCUAUUGGUACUUGUCGUUAGCCCUUUGCUCACACUGACGGUGGUUUAUGCCCUUUUGCUGAUCCGGUCUCGAAUCCGCCGCCGUCGCUGGCGUGCCCCGAAGUCGGUUAUCGAACGACUUCCUGUCCGAACGUACCACACAAUUACUACCACUUCGUCCUCGUCUUCCAACUCAACGCGCCCCUCCAGUCCCAGUCCUUUAUCCCCGACUUCCCCACUCCUUGGCAGUGAUAGCCGACCAAGCGCAUCCCGAUCCAAUAGAUCACGUUCACAAACAUUCUCGGGCACUAUACUAGACUCAUCUGUCGUACCCAAGGAAGAGAAGUGCAACCUGCAAGGUGGAUCUACCUUGUGGCGACGGAAGUACACAGGAAGGCAGGUGGAGUGUGUCGUAUGCCUUGAAGAAUACAUCGAUGGUCAGAGCCGGGUCAUGGGUUUGCCAUGUGGCCAUGAAUUCCAUGUGGAAUGCAUUACCCCCUGGUUGACCACUCGUCGACGAACUUGUCCAAUCUGUAAAGGCGAUGUUGUCCGUUCGUUGGCUCAUUGUCAAUCCGGUGAUUCUCGGGGUCGUCGUGAGCAGUCUCUUGAUGAUGUUCGCAGCGUCCAGUCAAUCCCUAGAGGCAGCGCAUCUUCCGCUCCAGUGCCAAUUGAAGGUGUCAAUGACGAUGCUUCAGAUACGGAACAAAAUGCAGGUUUACCUGGCGACCAUGCAAAUUCUGCCCCACAGUCAAGCUGGCGAAACCUCGCUACUCUUAGCUUUUCUGCUCUGAGUGGCGAUACCAUAUGGCACCAGGCUCGCGCAGACCGCAAUCGCUAA